GAAAGAUUCGGAAAGAGAAGCUACAGCGAAGGGAAAGCCGCACCGAGGAAACCCUAGCCACCAUCGACUGAUUGAGCGGCGGCGCGGCGAGCGGCGGAGAUGGAGUUCGAGACGAUGAGCGGUGCAUUCGCGGGGCUCAAGACCUACACCAGCGACGACGACGGCGGAGCAAGACCGGCCGGCGGAACUCGCGGGGCCGCCGCGACCGGGAAGGAGGCCAUCGGCAGCAAGGUCGGGGCAGACGCACGGCAGCGGGAGCGCCAGCUUCUUCGCGAUUCGAUCAAGGCAGGGCGCGCUCCCCCACGUCGAGACGGCGAGGAAGAGGAAGGCGCGAUCCCCGUCUACCGCCGUGCCUGGGAGACCUCCUUCGGCGGCGUCUUCGGCUCCUUCGACGACGAGACUGCCCUUGGACCCAUGCGCUACACAUCUGGACCUAUCCCGGAAAAUGCUGUGCCAGCUAGCACCUUGCAGAUCUUCUCCGUCAGAGUUACUGACCUGAAACAUGGUCUCUGGUGGCCACUUCAUGUCUAUGGCUCGGUUGCCACCAGAGACGGGGCAGAUCAUAAUCGCAACUUUCUCUUCAGGCGCACCAGGGAUAACUGCCAAAUUCUUACCAAAGAGGAUCCAGUUUUGCUGUUAACAGGCCCGUCUCGCGCAGUCCUGUUGGCUGGCCUGGUCACCUUCGAAGUACAGCUGAUGGUAAAGAGCAAAAUUGAACUGCUUGCAGAUGAAGUGCUGGCUUCCAAAGUCUUCUUUUUCCACCAGGGAUCUCGUCGAGAAGACAGUAUCUGUACACGCAUCCCCUACAAGCAUUGUGCGCUCGAGUUUGCGCUCGCGCCUCUGCGGCAUUCGGUCGAGGCCACCGUCACCGUCCAGCUCGUCGACGGGUCGUGGCCGGACGGUCACCAGGGACUGGUCUUCUCCUGCACCGACAGCAUAAAAGAUACCAAGAUGUUGCUGCUUGACUGUCGAGAUGGAAGGAUGCCCAUCGGUCCGGACGGCAUGUUUGAGCUCUCCAGGCGCGUUGUUUGCGCAGAGCUGGGCGGGACGGAUAAGCUCAUGGUGUCCGUGCAGGCGCGCCGCGUCGGUUUCCUUACGAGAAGUCAGGCCGUCUUCAAGCCCAAGAUGUCCGGGACGAGCGUUGGCAUGUGUGAUCUUCGUUUCUGCAAGAUGCAGGUCACCGUUGCUUGGUCCCUGCUCUCCACCUCUGCCACACAUUCAGGUGGUAAGUAGCAGGGGCUGUCUGGGUAAUGUGUGCUAAGCCAUGGAUGGGAGAGAGGUGCUCUCUGUUUAGCGCAAAGAUGUCUAAAAUGGUGUUUUCCCAGCUCCGUUGUAAGCUUGUGAUGGGCCUUUGUUGUGAGACGUUAGUUGUAAAUAUAAUGGUGUCAAGGUUUUGGGCAUGACAAAUCUUGCACAUUGUACCUUGGGGUUUGGAUUUGGGCAUUGUAGCAUUGCACUUUGUACGAUCUUGCACAUUUAGUCUGACCUGAAAGUGUUGUGAGACAUUGUCUUGCACUUAGUCUCAUUUACAAAGUUUCACUUAUGACAAUUUGAAA